CUGAGAGUUGCCUUUUUCCUGGCGCUGAUGGUCCAUUCUGGACUUGCACGCUGCAGUAGAGAUCGUGUGUGUUUAGACUUCCAGGAAAGCGAUCUAGCUUUGUCUUACGCCGAGGAUCUGUGCAGAAUGCACGCUGAUGUUCUUGUCAAGCUGGAAAACCCAGAGUCACUGGACUUUACACAAGCGCAAAAAA